AUGACUCUCAUCCCCAAGCCAAGCCCCCUCCCCCCCUCCUCCGGCCCAGACAACAACAACACCAACACCACCGCCACCCAAGAUCACAAACAAGAACAAGACCAAACCGCAGCAGCAGCAGCCAACGAAGCCUUCCCCCAACCCCCCCUCAACCUCCGCAUCGCCAACCUCGCCCACCCCGGCGCCUCCCUCUUCCUCUCCUCCACCAACCCCUCCGCCGUCAUCCCCCGCGCCAUCGGCAACCUCCUCCGGCUCCUCUACGGCACGCCCUCCGACCCGUCCACCACCCCGCCGCCCACCUCCUCCGUGACGCUCGUCCUCGAGGACUUCAACGGCGUCGCCUACACCGUCGGCGCCCAGGCCGACAGCAACGUCAAGGAGAUCCACUUCUCCGAGUCGUACAUUGCGCGCGUCGACCCCUCGCGCGUCGCCCGCGAGAUCGACGGCGUCUUGACCCACGAGCUCGUCCACUGCUUCCAGUACAACGGCCGCGGGACGGCGCCGGGGGGCCUGAUUGAGGGCAUCGCCGACUGGGUUCGCUUGCGCUGCGGGCUGGCGCCGCCGCAUUGGAAGCAGGAGGUCAAGGAUAGCUGGGAUGCUGGCUAUCAGCACACGGCCUAUUUCCUGGAUUAUCUUGAGCGCCGGUUUGGGAACGGGACGGUGCGGCGGAUUAAUGAGAAGUUGAGGGUGAGCCGAUAUGACGAGCGCGUCUUUUGGACGAGCAUUUUUGGACAGGAUGUCAAGACUCUGUUUGCAGACUACACCAGGACUUUGAGACAGAGCUCGUAG